GAAUUACCGAGCAGACCGAAUUCAGUAUAAACUGCAACGAAUUUAUUUAUUAAAAAACCGAGCUAAAAGAGACGUAUUUGGCAACUCAAAUUAAUUAGUAAUUGCUCCUGAAGUUCUCGGCCACGUAAUAAGUUAUAAAAUUAUAAAAUAAGUCUUAUUAUUCCUUAUUUUUGGAUUAAAAAACUUAAGGAUUUCUGACAGACAUUUUAAAGAGGAUCAUUAUAAAAAAACCAAUCACUUUGUAAGAAUUAAAAGCGCCGCACAAUUCAGUUCGUUUCAUUAUCGUUUCUCUAUACCAUCAACUUUAAGACAACAUUAAGACGAAAUAAUUAACUUUAAAAGAAUUGCAACAAAAUCAUAAGGGAAUUUUAUUUUAUUUUGUUUUUGAUUUGAUUUUUUUUUUCAUAAAAAGUAAAAGGAAGGGAAAGAGGCAUGCGAAGAUGGAUUUGGAAGCGUAUGCAAUUAUUUUGAUCAUAUUUUUGGUUUCAUUCAUGUCUUACUUGUUCAUAUCCAAACUCUUACCACAUGGCAAGUCUUUUGAUGAAAUGAUUGCUGAAAAGAAGAGAAUGCGCGAAGAACUUUUAGGAACCGUCAAAUCUGUAGCAAGUGGAAAGCAAAGUAAUAUUGGUGGCAAGAAAAAGCCGAAAAAGGAAGUGAAAAAGAAGGAGAUAAUUCAGGUGAAACUGGCAAAGGAAGUAACUAAACACGAGUCUGAUGCUUCGGAAUCUUCUGAAAUUGUUCGUACAGAACCGGUAAUACAAGAAGAAAUUGUCAAUCAAAGAAAAACUGUGACUAAGACACAACAAGCUUCUCAAGUUGUUGGAAAGAAAAACAAAGGAAAAGGAGGAAUUUUGAUUAAUAAAAACGAGCUUAUUCUUGUAAAGGAAGCUCCAGUGGAAGAAUCGAAUCAUUUCGAAGAAAUUAUUCCAAAGGAUGUUGUUGAGAUACACCGUGCGUCAGUUAAAGAUGAAACUGAUAAAAAAAGUCAUAUUCGUGACGUGAAAAAAGGAAAAAUGCCGAAACUUGAAACGCCGCCAAUUUCUCCGAAAAAUCAACUGACAAAAGAUCAGAAAGGAAGUGAAGAGAAACAGCUGAUUAAGAAGAAGCGUAAUGAGCUGUCAAUUUCUCCAGUUGAUACUGGUGGUAGUGGAUUCAUUGCUUUAGUUUCCGAUGAAACAGGAAUCACUCCACUGAUUCGUGAGUUGAAUCGUGCUGACUUGACAAAAAGUCAAAUGCAAGUUCUCAUUGAUUUCUUGCUAAACAAACAAUCAGAUACACUCACACAUGAACCGACUGAAUGGACUGAAGGCAAGUCUGACAUGGUACAGAAAUUAAAGAAACAACUUCAAGAAAAAGAAGAGCAAUUGAAGAAUGAACAAGAUGCUCUUAUUGGCAUGCAAAUGAAGUUGAAAGAACUUCGCAGUGAAUUUAAUACUGAAAAGAUUCAGUUUAGUGGGCAUUUAAAAGCUCACACUGAACAAUUGCACAAUAAUCGCUUGGAAAUUAAAACUUUGCAAUCAGAAAUUCAAUUUUUGAAUGAUAAACACAACACUGAAAAGCAGUCGAUGAGUGUUUCAUUCAAACAACUACAAGGGCAAUGUAUUCAGAUGAAAGAAGCUAUGAAAGCACAUGAAGGUUUACCGAAUGCUCAGCAAUUGCAGAAAGAUAAUCAAACUUUGCAACAGGAACUUGCUAUGAAGAAACAACAAAUUCUUGACUUGAAUCCAUUGAUCGAAGAAAACCGAAAGAAAGAUGAUCAAAUUAAGCAAAUGUUGGCAGAAAAUAACAAAAAAAUCAGCGAGUUUGAUGCUCUUGCACGCAGAAAAGAUGAACGUUGUGCGAUUGUAGAAAAUGAGCUUCGACAGCGGGAACAGGAAUUGACAAGUCGUGACAGUGAAAUUCAAAAGUUGAAUACUGAACUUACACGUGCUAAGGAAUUGGAUAAAAUUAUUCAUCGUCAGAUAUUCGAGUUGGAACAGUUGAAAAAACAACUAAGCGAACAGCAACAAAACAAUCACGCAGAAGAAAGUAAUAAGAUUGAAAUAAGAAAUCUUCAGAAUGCUCUCGACUCGAGUAAUAAGGAGCUUGAAGUGCAACGUUUACUCGUGAGUGACUUUAAAGUUAAAUUUGAGGAUCUGAAUAAACAACUGGCAGAGUCGAAGCUGUUAACAAAUUCAAAGUCAUCUGGUGAUAGCUUUUUGCUGAAUGAAAUGUCAAAUCAUCAAAGUGUUAUCAGUCAAAAAGACAAGCAGCUUGCUGAUUAUCAGCAGAAGAUCGAAACACUUCAAAAGGCUGAAAAUGACCUCAUCAAGCAGAUUGAGGAACAGAAAGUUAAAAACAACGAUUUACGUACGAAAAAUUGGAAAUUGGUUGAAGCAUUACAAACAGCUCAAAGUUCGUCGCUCUCUAAAUCAGCUAACUCCAAUUUUCCUACCAACAAUUUUGGCUUAGAAGUAUCAAAAGUGAAAAACCUUUUUACACAAAACUUCCCCGAAGCAGUAUCAUCAGCAACAAGCGAUAGCGAUGACACAAAAUGGCUAGAAAGUGUGUUAGAGAAUCUUAAAUCGCAACUAGUUAGCAAUAAAUCUUUAAAUCGAACCAGCACCGCCAGCUCCAACGCCUCCGCAACAGCCAAUAAUAAUAUUAAUAAUAAUAAAUUAACUAAUAAUAAUAAUCAUCUAAAUAACUGUAGUGGUGUAGAGACGAAUAAUUUAAACAAUAGUACUGUUAAUGGCGAUUCAAACAGCUCCACAUCUUCAGCUGCUGAUAAUGAAAUAGUUUUAUUGCAAAAUGCUCAAUUGAAGACAACAAUCGAAGAGUAUAAAAAUAUCAUUGCAGAAACUGAGAGCAUGUUGAAGAACCUUGAAUCGAAAGUCCGCGAACAGGACGCUUAUUGGACGAAGGUUGUCCUCAUGAAAGACAACGAAAUAGAAAGUUUAAAAAAUAUUUCAGAGAAAUCAUGAGCUGAUUUUUGGCAACAAUAGCAACCCAAUCCACCAACUUAAUUGCAUUAAGUAACAAGACAGUGAAGAAUUAAUGAAAACUGGAACUGCCUUUUAAUCGUCUCUUAGUUUCAUAAAAACAGAAAACACACAAUUUUUCCGUAUACUUAAAGAAAAUCAUUUUAAAAACAAUAAUUAAAGAGCAAAACUCGUGCGCGUUGAUUUCGCAAAAAUUCCAAUUCCAAAUGGGGAAAAAAGUUUUAAUGUAAUUACCUAAUUCGUCUUUCAGCGCUAAAUAUUCUUUUAGAGGCGCAAAAUUAUAAGAAUAUUAUGAUUUAAUAGAAUUAGGUACAUAUUAUCUUUUUUGAUGAUGAGCAAGUGAAAUGUAUUUUGCCAGGUCUGACUAUAUAAAAAAAACAAAGCACAGUAAAUAUUUUCUUCCCUUAAAGUUAAUUUUUCUACUAGUGAAGAAAAAAGUUUAACAAACAAAAAAAACGCGAAAAUUUCCUCAAAAUAUUAUUUUUUUUAUUUUUAAAAUACCUAAUAUCGUGAAUUUGAUGAGAUGACGAAUGUUCCAUAGAAAAAUGUUCCCAAAAUCAAAAACAACUAAGUUGUUUACUUAUGUAAGAAGAUGACUUAUUAAGAUGAUUUGAGGCUUUUCUAAGAAAAUUCUACUUUUUCAUUCGCAAUUUUAAAGAAGAACAAAAAUAAUUCUAUUUCAGUGUUUUUCUUUUAUUAGAUACUUAAAGUAUCUAAAUCAGAUUACUUUUUCUAUUAUAUUUAAAAAUAAAAUAUUUCCAUUUUCAACAAGAAAAUGUCAAAAUGUCUAUGAAAUCAAAUCGUCAUCUCUUCACGAAAGAAAGCAAGUUAUUAAUAUUAUAUAGUACGAAAUAAGUUCUUAUAUGUUUCAUUAUAAUUUGUACACUUGAAAAUGUAUGCAAGAAGCAAAUAACCAUUAAUUCUUUUGAAGUAGUACCUACUCUGAUAAAUAAUGAAAAAGUUUCUCAUAAAGCUAAUUUCUUUCCAUUUGAACUUGAUUGGCAUUAGUAAAUGUAGAAGGUUCUUUUUUUAUAUGAUUUUUCCCUCCGACCCACAGUCAAGUCAUUUUUCAUAUUCCUUUCAUGAAAGUGCAUCUACAUGAAAUUAGUGAAAGGUCAUUACUACCCGAAGUUUGGAACUUUGUUUGAAUUUGUGAAAAACGUGAAAAAAAGAAGGUUUUAAAAGUUUAGAAUUUAAAAUGAUAUUUCAUUCAAUUAAUCUUUUAGAUGACAUAUUUAUAUUUUAUUUCUUCCUUUCAAUUUGAAAACAUGACUUUUAAAUUAAUUCUUAAUAAAUAUUUCUCGACGUCAUUUUAUGUUUACAGAUCGAUAUUUAAUUAAUUUGAUUUUAAAUAGCGACAAGAAAGCUUUUGAAAGCGAUUGUUGGCAAAUAAUGAUUAACAUCGUCAUGACUAUCAUCAUUUUAACUAAUUUAAACAAUCUUAAGUUUUUUGAUGUUUUUCAACCAUCAUUCAAUUUAUGAAUAUUUUUUUUAUAUAGUGCAAUAAUUUUUCAAGCUUCAUAAAUCUAAAUCUCCAAAAUUUGAAUUUAAUUAUGACAUGAUUUCAUUUUUUUAUAAUUAAUAAUUAAUUAUUUUAUAGUUUUUAGAUUUUUUAAUAUAUAAAUUUUCGUGGGCGAAAUAAUACUUGUCAGCUUAAGAAUGUACUCUUUAUGUUUUUAUAGAAGAAAAAUUAAUAAAAUUGAAAAGAAAUGAAGGAAAUAAAAACUAAGAAGAAAAAAAAGUGAAAAGAAAAUUCGAGAAGAAUAAAUUUUUCCAACUGAAAGCAUUGCGAAAAAAUAAUUCCAGAUCUAGGUUAUUGCGAGCAGAAAAUUGAGAAUCGAUUUUUAAAAUUUUAACCGUUAAAAAUAUGAAUGCGUAAUAAAAUAUUUUCCAAGUUGAAAUUUUUAUAAAUAAUUAAUAUAAGAUUUAAAAUUUAAGAUUUAGCAUCAUAAUUUGUUAUCAAUCAUUAUUUAUCCUGAUUAACUUAAUUUAAAAAAUACUAAAAUUAAAUUUUUAACGGUAAGAAUUUUCAAAAAAAAAAUCCGCAAUCCUAUUUUGGGAACAAUUUUUUCGCAAUAAUCUGGAUUUGGAAUGUUUUAGUCGCGGAAAAAUUUAUUCUUCUCGAAAAUUCUUUUGCAUUUAAAAGAAAUGUUUUGAGAAAAAGAGAAAGAAUAUGCUGAAGUUAAAUACCUGGAAAUACCCAAGGAAAUAAUAAAUCUAAUGGAAGGGAAUGUAAUUGAGAAAUAUAAUAAAAUUAAAAUGUAAACAAUAC